CGUCGCUGAAAACAUUCACCCGUUCACCACAUACACACACCACCAGGAACCCAUUUCACAAUAAACGGAUAAGGCGACAAACAAUUUGGAUCAACUCAGUGCACAACGUUUAUUUUCCCACAUCGCAAUGAAAUGAGGGGAGCAUGGGGGCCAAAGAGUCGAGGAUAGGAUUCCUGUCGUAUGACGAGGCCGUCAAGAGAGUCACUGAUGUGGAAUUGAAGCGGCUGAAAGAUGCCUUCAAGAGAACCAGCGGCCUCACCUAUUACAUGACCCAACAGUGCUUCUACAGGGAAGUGCUGGGAGAUGGAGUUCCACAUAAAGUUGCCGAGGUGAUCUACACCUCAUUUGGAGGCUCGCCUAAAGGGCUGCACUUCAACAAUCUGAUUGUGGGGCUGGUGCUUCUGACCAGAGGACGCGAUGAGGAGAAGGCCAAGUACCUCUUCAGCCUGUUUGCCAGCGAUCUGGGUGGAUAUGCUGCCAGGGAAGAUAUAGAAGCAGUUCUGCAGGUCCUGGAUGGAGAAAUCCCGACCUCCCUCAAGAAGUGCUUCAGUGAUAGUGACAAGGUGAACUAUGAACGCUUCAGGAACUGGCUCCUGCAGAACAAGGAGGCCUUCACUUUAUCCAGAUGGCUUCUGUCUGGAGGUGUGUGUGUCACGCUCACAGAUGACAGCGACACGCCCACCUUCUACCAGACCCUGGCUGGUGUCACACACUUGGAGGAAUCAGACAUUAUAGACUUGGAGAAGCGCUACUGGCUACUGAAAGCCCAGUCCAGAACCGGCCGCUUUGACUUGGAAACCUUUGUCCCACUGGUCUCUCCUCCCAUCCAUGCCUCACUGAGUGAAGGCUUGUUUCACGCAUUCGAUGAGAAUCGGGACAAUCACAUCGACUUUAAAGAGAUCUCUUGUGGACUUUCUGCGUGCUGUAGGGGGCCCAUUGCUGAAAGGCAGAAAUUUUGCUUCAAAGUGUUUGAUGUGGAUCGUGAUGGGGUUCUGUCUCGAGAUGAACUCCAUGAAAUGGUGGUGGCCUUGUUGGAGGUGUGGAAGGACAAUCGCACAGACACACUCUCUGAGCUGCACAGUAGCGUGUCAGACAUAGUAGAGGGCAUCCUGAGGAUGCAUGACACAACCAAGCUGGGUCACCUGACCCUGGAAGACUACCAGAUCUGGAGUGUGAAGAGUGCUUUGGCCAAUGAGUUCUUAAACCUCCUUUUCCAGGUCUGCCACAUAGUCCUGGGGCUCAGGCCCGGUAGUCCUGAGGAGGAAGGACAAAUCAUCAGGGGUUGGUUAGAGAGGGAGAGCAGACAUGGGCUGCAGCAAAGUCACAACUGGUUCCUCAUCUCCAUGCUGUGGUGGCAGCAGUGGAAGGACUACGUUAAAUAUGGCGAUCCCUGCUGUUGUCUCCCUGUCCAGGAGCAUAAGGGCAUCGUGGUGGAGCAGCCGUCCAUCCUGAGCUCAUUGCGAACUCCGAUGGCCACAGCCACUGUUGAGCCCAGCCCACCAGACAGACUGGGAGGACUGGGAACCUUCGGCCCAGUCAGCCCCACGGAGGAGAGGUCGCCUGAUGCUGUGUCCAGCGCCUCGGAAGCCACAGAGAGUGCAGCCCUGAGCCCACAGGUAGCUCCCUCUGCUACAGAGAGCUGUUUUGCCCGUCAGCCCAAUGUAUCGGACAACAACAAUCAGUGUUUUUCUGGAGCCAACGGCCAUCUCCCCUCCCAGCUGGCUGCACAAAGACCUGGAGCCAUCGACAACCAGUCUCUAGUCAAUACCGACCCCAUGAAGGCCCCUACGUUAACCAUGGAGGGUGGCAGGCUGAAGCGCUCCUUGCAGCUGGUGCCUGGUAGAGACUUUGAGACGGUGCCUGAGCCGGUGUGGCGGGCACUCUACCAUUGGUACGGUGCCAACCUCAGCCUGCCUCGACCGGUUAUCCUGGAGAGCAAGACAGGCCAAGCAGAGCUGGAGCUCUUCCCGCGCUACCUCCUCUUCCUCCGCCAGCAGCCGGCCACGCGCUCCCCCCAGUCCAACAUCUGGGUCAAUAUGGGUAUGACCAGCCUGCGAAUGUUCCCACCGUAUUUACCCCUACCAAGAGCAGGUAACGUGCCAUCCCCCAACGCUCCUCUGAAGAGGAUGUUGGCCUACACAGGUUGCUUCAGCCGCAUGUCCACCAUCAAGGACAUCCACCUCUACCUGUCCCAGAGACUCCGCAUCAAGGAGGAGGACAUGAGACUCUGGCUCUACAACAGUGAGAACUACCUCACCCUCCUGGACGAUGAAGAUCACACACUGGAAAGCCUGAAGAUCUAUGAUGAGCAGCAGCUAGUUAUUGAAGUCAGGAACAAAGACAUGAGCUGGCCUGAGGAAAUGUCUUUCAUUGCCAACAGUAGUAAGAUGGACAGACACAAAGUUCCCACAGAGAAAGGAGCCACUGGCCUCAGUAACCUUGGCAACACCUGCUUCAUGAACUCCAGUAUCCAGUGUGUGAGCAACACCAAGCCUCUCACAGACUACUUCAUCUCAGGAAGACACCUCUAUGAGCUUAACAGAACCAACCCCAUCGGGAUGCGAGGUCACAUGGCCAAGUGUUAUGGUGACCUGGUGAUGGAGCUAUGGAGCGGGACACAGAAGAACGUGGCUCCACUCAAACUCAGGUGGACAAUAGCAAAGUAUGCCCCACGCUUUAAUGGCUUCCAGCAGCAGGACUCCCAGGAGCUGCUAGCCUUCCUACUGGAUGGUCUCCAUGAAGAUCUCAACAGAGUCCAUGAGAAACCCUACGUGGAGCUGAAGGACAGCGAUGGCCGGCCUGACUGGGAGGUGGCCUCUGAGGCAUGGGAGAACCACCUGCGUAGGAACCGCUCCAUCGUGGUGGAUCUGUUUCACGGUCAGCUCAAGUCCCAGGUGAAGUGUAAGACCUGCGGACACAUCAGCGCUCGCUUUGACCCCUUCAACUUCCUGUCUCUGCCCCUGCCCAUGGACAGCUCCAUGCAUCUGGAGAUCACUGUCAUUAAACUGGAUGGCUCCACACCUGUGCGCUACGGCCUGCGGUUGAAUAUGGAUGAAAAGUACACAGGGCUGAAGAAACAGCUGAGUGAACUGUGCAGUCUGAAGCCUGAGCAGAUCCUCCUGGCUGAAGUCCAUACCUCCAACAUCAAGAACUUUCCUCAGGACAACCACAAGGUCCGUCUGUCUGUUAACGGCUUCCUGUGUGCAUUUGAGAUCCCGGUGCCAGGUUCACCAACGUCACUGAGCUCACCCACACUGACUGACAUCACCCCAAUAGCCAACGGCUCGGCUGCCAAUGGGGACCUGGGCAAUAAGACCGUCCUCAUCCCCAACGGUGGGCCCAGCACCAUGCUGUCUUGUAACCCGGAUUCGCCCCUGGACAACGGGGUCGCCAACGGACACAUCACACCGGUGCAGGAGAGUCCCUUCAUUGGCUACAUCAUCGCCAUGCACAGAAAGAUGAUGCGUAUGGAGCUGUACUUCCUGUCCUCUCAGAAGAACCGGCCCAGUCUGUUCGGCAUGCCGCUCAUAGUUCCCUGCACUGUCCACACCAGUAAGAAGGAUCUGUAUGAUGCCGUUUGGAUCCAAGUGUCCCGACUGGCCAGCCCACUGCCUCCACAGGAAGCCAGCAACCACGCCCAGGACUGUGAUGACAGUAUGGGCUACCAGUACCCCUUUACUUUACGGGUUGUGGGUAAGGAUGGCAACUCCUGUGCCUGGUGUCCUUGGUACAGGUUCUGCCGAGGCUGUACAAUAGAGUGUACAGAGGACAGAGCCUCUGUGGGAAAUGCUUAUAUAGCUGUGGACUGGGACCCCACUGCCCUGCAUCUCCGCUACCAGACCUCCCAGGAGAGGAUUGUGGAAGAGCACUGCAGUGUGCAGCAGUCCCGUCGGGCCCAGGCUGAGCCCAUCAGCUUGGACAGCUGUCUGAAGGCCUUCACCAGCGAGGAAGAGCUGGGUGAGGACGAGCUCUACUACUGCUCCAAGUGCAAGACUCACCGGCUGGCCACUAAGAAGCUGGACCUCUGGAGGCUGCCGCCCAUGCUGAUUGUGCACCUGAAGCGCUUCCAGUUUGUAAAUGGUCGUUGGAUCAAAUCCCAGAAGAUUGUCAAGUUCCCGAGGGAGAGUUUUGACCCCAGCGCCUUCCUGGCUCCCAGAGACCUGGAGCAGCACUGCCUUCCGUAUCGCAGUAAGAGCGAGGAUCUGCUGAGGGUCGGAGAGGACAACCUGUCCUCCAUCUCUGCCCCCGCUGGCUUCUGCAACCUCCCCAAAGCCUCCCCUGCCUCUAGCAGGAAGUCAGCGCCUUCUCUCAGCCGGACCAGCAGCCCUUCUGGCAGCCCAAAGACCGGCAGCGUAGGCCGCAGGCCAGGCCGGCUACGCCUGCCCCAGCUGGGCAGCAGACACCGCCUCUCUAACAGCAAGGAGAACCUGGAUGGAGCUGCUAAUCCUGAGGCUGAGCCUCGGGACGGUGCGCCACAGCCAGACACAGAGGGGAGCACAGCAGAGGCAGAAGAACCAAGCCUUCCUGGAUCAGGAGAAGUGAUCGCGUCAGAGGCAUCGUGCGGUAGUGAGGUGUCCAGCAGCCUCUGUGACGUGGUCCUGGUGAACGGUGACAGCAACGGGCUGAGCUCGGACUGCAGCACAGAGAGCAGCGUGGACCCUGACAACUCGCUGCUCCAGCACAGUGACAACAUGUGUCUGGACGCCGUCUACAACCUCUAUGCAAUAUCAUGUCAUUCAGGAAUCAUGGGAGGAGGCCACUAUGUGACGUAUGCCAAAAACCCCAAUGAGAAAUGGUACUGCUAUAAUGACAGCAGCUGUAAGGAAGUGCACUCUGAGGAGAUCGACGCUGACUCGGCGUACAUCCUCUUCUACGAGCAGCAAGGAGUCAACUACUCCCAGUUUCUGCCAAAGAUCGAUGGCAAGAAGAUGGCCGACACCAGUAGCAUGGAUGAAGACUUUGAGUCCGACUACAAGAAAUACUGUGUCCUCCAGUGAUCGCACCUCCGCUUCCAUCAGCCAGCACUACACCCGCUCUCUGCUCCUGCCUAGCUGCUCUGAGCAGGAAGCACCAGACGUUCAGAUCGUUUGGAAGAAUUCUGACAAACUGCUAAUGACUAGAGUCGGACUGUGGUCUCUGUCUUUAGGGAUGCGUCGCAGCACUUUCUACACUUGAUCACAAACAUAUUUUAGACAACAAUGAAGCCCUGGAAAAAGCACUGAACUGGUGCACUUUGCUGAGCCUGACAAAACAAAGCCCCCCCACCCCCACCUC